UGCCCAUAGGUGUGAAUGGUUGUCUUUCUCUUUGUGUUAGCCCCGUGACGACUGGUGUCCACUCCAGUUUGUGUCCUGCCUCUCGGCCUACAACAGCUGGGAUAGGCUCUACCACCCCCGGGACCCUGACAAGCGGAAGCAGCAGAGGAUGGAUUUUGUCGAUACAGUUGGACAAAUGAAAACAUACAUUAUAUUUAUUGAAAACAUAAACUUGGUUUAAUAUAAGUAAAUUACAGGAUAUUCUCAAGUAGAAGAAUAACUUAUAUUUCUAAAUAAAAAGAGGCCUGAGUAAUUUUGUAAUCCAGCUGCUCUCCCUCGAUUUUCUGAUAGCUGUGGAAUUAUUAUUAUUAUUAUUAUUAUUAUUAUUAUUGUUAUUAUUAUUACUUUAGUUUGUGGAGCAUCACUGAAGAAACCCUUAAAGCCAGAAUGUUAGCAGAUAUUUUUCUUCUUGUGUAUUUUCUAAAUGUGUUUGUGUACUGGAUGAUAACAGUGGGCACAUUGUUAAAGUGACUUUGUAUUUAAGGUUUCUCUGUGCAUGCCCGUGCAUAAUGAGAGCACUGGCUCGCCCUCUCUCUCCUCCCUCCUGUGCUGAGGUCACAGACGCGUUCAGACAGACUCGCCUGGCAGAACUCAAACUGCUUCUCACAGAGCAGAUAGAGGGAGUUAAGGGAGGAGGAAACAGGAGGAAAUCUGUUUGCCGUUUGAUGUUGGAUUCUUUAGCAGAGAUAUGAGCCUGAGGAUCAGCAGACACUGAGACGACCGACAUGGACAAACAGAAAGUGCUGGCCAAGCUGAUCUGGGAUCUGCAGUCCUUCCUGUCUGUUCUGGACUCAGAGAACCUGAGUUACAUCGCUCAGGCUCAGAAGAAAUCCAUCUCAGAGCUGCUGUCCACGCUGCAGAAUCAGGACGCUCCAGUGGAAGAUGCCGAGUACAUGAUCAUGAGCUGUCCAUCAUCGUCUCCUAGCAACGAGCUGACAGACACACCUGCAAAAGCUGUCCGGGCCUCUGAGCUGGUCUCAAAUCAGGACCUGUCUGCAUGGCUGAGGAACGGGCUGCAGGGCCCCAAGGUGCCGCCCCACCCUCCAGGAGGUCUAGGAGGUGACGAUGAUGACGAAGAUACGUACGAGGAGGCAGAACCUUACGUCCCUGCCGACGCCACCGCGUCCAACACUGAGAAGGCGGAGUCAGACAGCAGCCACUACGAGUCCUACGAUGAGGAAGACGAUGAUGAUGGAGGGGAGGAGCUUGUGAAGGACAGAGCUCACUACAUCCGGUGGAGCGCCUCACAGCCCUGCCUAAAGCCCACGCCAGAGUCCCGCCUCUGCGGGUACCUGUGGAGGAGGAAGUGGCUCGGGCAGUGGAGCAAAGAGCUGUUCAUCAUCAGGAACGAUGUGCUGCUGUGUUAUAAGUGCGCCCGGGACCUGCUGCCUCAGCUGGAGUUGAACCUGCGCGGCUGUCAGCUCGUCUACAAGUCAAAGAGCAGCAGGAAGAUCCAACACCAGCUCAAACUGGUGCUGCUGGGCUCGGAGACGCUGGUGCUGGGCUACAGCACUUUCCAGCAGGCCGAUGAGUGGAAGAAGGUGAUCGAGGAGGUGAGCAUCGCAGGAGAAACGGAGAUGCACAGCUACUCGUCUCUGAAUAAGUCAGACCAGCUGCUGUCCUGCAGGUCCAGUAUAGUCCAGUCUGACUCUGACGAGGAGGAAGCUUCAGCUCGCUGCAGCCUCAGCAAGAACAAAGGUUUCCUGAACGUACUGAUGAACUGCCAGUGGCAGAGUUUACUGUGUCGGGUGGAGGCCGGGGUCCUCAACAUGUUCGGAGAGGAGGAGGAGGUGGUGCAGGGGGAGCGCUCGCCUCAGUACACCGUCCAGCUCAGAGGCUGUGAGGUCAAACCCGACACCAAGCACUGCUACAGGAUCACACUGAGCAUGCUCGAUGACCAGAUGGCGGUGCUGGAGGUGAGCAGCUCAGAGGAGAAGCAGCGGUGGUUGAAGCUGCUGGAGGACGGCGCUGCGUAUUACUGUCACCAUGACAACAAAACACAGGAGCACUCAGGUGUAACUCUCAGUGGGCUGCAGACUCGCAGGUUUCCCUCCUCCAACACCUACAUGGACGACCCCUUCCACCUGAGCGAGCCGGGCCGAGACCAGCCCAUCUACUCCAACACCUCCGUCCUGGGGCACAUGCUCCACGGCUCUCAGGGUUCGAUUCGCUGCAGCUCGGUGUCGUCCAAAGGCUCAGUGACCUACAGCAACACCGUCCUCAGCGGCCACAACAGGAAGUCGGCCGAAGUGCAGCGAAGCAUUCAGAAGCUCGAGCUGACCGACAGGAAGGUAGUGCCGCUGAGGGCGGGGUCAGAGAUCAACUUGGCAUCCAGCACAAAGCAAAACAAGCGCACCUCCUUCAGACAGUCCCUGGCCAUCUACAGUGAGCGCGCUCAGGCUGGCAUCCUGAACCCUCUGCUGCGACGGACGGCCUCAGCUAAAAACUCCCUGAGACGGGCUCCUUCGGCGCUGUUCAUUGAACACGGAAAAGUUUUCCAGAGGAGGAAGGAAUGGGAAACUAAAGCAGCUGCUUGACACCGGCUGCGCGGCUAAUAUCACAUCCCAUCAACUAGUGUGGACUGGUUUUUUUGGGGUUUUUUUUUC